AUGGAAGUGUCAAUAAUAGACCAAGAUAAGGAGGAACAUUUACGAAAUUUGAAUAAGAAUCUAAAUGCUAAAGUGUCUCGUCUUCUAGAAGAAGCUAACGAUCUGGUUAAUAAAAAUAGUCUUAGCAUUGCGAAAUCUGCUGAUAAUUCAGGAGCUGAUGCCGGGAAUUCAGAUGUCGAAGAAAAAUCAAAAUCAGAAGAUCAGUUGUCAGAAGCCAUUUCUAAACUUGGAACUAAUGCAAAGACUCGUUAUCUUACAGCUAAGCUUCGAGUUUUAGAGAAAGAUAAUACUAGUCUUCUAAACGACCUUCGGGAUGCAAAUACUGACAUAGAUAAACUAUCAAAUCAAGUUCAAGAUCUAAACCAAGAAAAGUCUAAACUUCAACGACAGACUGACCAAAAUUUGAUCAAUCUCGAAAAAUUACGAUCUGAAUACGAUUCUUUGAAGAAAUUUUCCGAUAAUUUAGCAAUUGAAAAGACUGCCCUUCAAAAACAGCUUGACAUUGAGCGUAGGGAACAGGAAAGGAUAAAAUCCGAAUCACACUCUCUUGAUAAUAAACUUCAUAGAACCCUGGAUGACAUGCAAAAACUUCGAAGAGAUCUUGAAAAAUCUCGUUCAGACUUGGAAGAUGCAAGACGUCAGUUAAACAUGGUUGAUAAUGACAAUCGUCGCUUAGAACGUCAGAAAGCACAACUUGUUGCCGCUUUUAAAAAGCAAAUGAAAUUAAUUGACAUCCUUCGAAGGCAGAAAAUGUUGAUCGAAGCUUCAAGAGCCCUUAAAAUGACUGAGGACGAGUUUCUUAAAACACUAGAUUUGCAAAUUGAGGAUGAAGGUGAGGAAAGUUGGAAGAUCAGUGACCAUUCAAGAAACUAUUUCGAAACAUCCUCCUCAAAUAAGUUAGUUAAGUGGAAUGUUUCAGCCCUUCUCUCAAUUGAUAUCAAAAAAGCUUCGGGAGAUACCAUUGACUAUUUGGCAAGCUUACCAGCUCCCGCUCAGCCUCCUGGUGAACUUAUACGUCAGGGAGCUGAAGCAAGGAUUUACAGUGUUCCCAAUGGCUAUCUCUCAACUUUUCCAGAUUUAGCAUGCAUUGUAAAGGAGAGAUUUGUAAAGACCUAUCGGCAUCCAGCCUUGGAUUCAUCUCUCUCUCUUCGACGUAUGCGGGCUGAAGCUAGACAACUAGUUAAAUGUCGCCAACUCGGUAUACCAGUUCCCGCCCUCCUACUUGUCAAUAUGUCACAUCGACAACUUUGGUUGGAGAAUGUCUGCACACCAUAUGGAAUGUCUCUUGGACAGUGGAUUCAUGAUAUUUUAGAUUUGGAAUGUCCAUCAAAUUAUUUAAGUCUCAUGGCGAAGAAUCUGGGUAAGCUUUUGGCCAAAAUGCAUGCAAAUUGUAUAAUACAUGGAGAUCUUACCACCGCAAACAUUCUUGUUCAAAUGGACAAACUAGAAGAUAAAUUGGAAAAUUAUCGCCUAUUCUUGAUCGAUUUCGGAUUAUCAUCAGUUAAUCAGCGGGCAGCACAAAGUGUGCAUGAUGAAGAAAUAGCUGUUGACCUCUAUGUCCUUGAGCGGGCUUUAAUUAGUGCCCUGGCAACUCGUAAGACUCAAGAUGAAUUUGAAUUCACUCCAGAGUCUUUCUUUGAAGCCGUUCUGGAAUCGUAUAAGGAUGCCUAUCCCGAAGAGGCCUUAAUUAGACCAAUGGAAACACCUGGUUUAACAGCUUAUGCACAAAAAAUAGCCAAUAAUGGUAGAAAAAGACCUCGUUGUGAUUCUAACACCUGGAUACCGUCUCUAGAAGAUGGGAAGAAAGAAGUUGAUAGUAUUCUACGAACCCUGGAAGAUGUGCAAGCUAGAGGCCGAAAGAGAAUCAUGAUUGGUUAA